AUGGCAUCAUUCUUCUGUUACUUGAUGUCCAUACGCUUGCUUUUUUUACUUUCACUGUUGCAUGAAAUUGCCACAAACUGUUCUGCUUCUAGUCAGCCUCUCUGCCAUGAUGAUGAGAGCUAUGCCUUGUUGCAAUUCAAAGAAAGCUUUCCAAGGAACGUGAAUGAUUGCAAUGAUCCUUUUGCUUAUCCUAAGAUUGAAUCUUGGAAAAUGGAAGGGGUGGACAAAGAUUGCUGCUUGUGGGAUGGUGUUGAGUGCGACAAGAACACAGGUCAUGUGAUUGGCCUUGACCUCAGUAGCAGCUGUCUCUAUGGUUCUUUGGCCUCCAACAACAGCCUCUUUAGUCUUGUUUAUCUUCAAAGGCUUAAUCUUGCUUCUAACUACUUUAGCUUCUCCCGCAUCCCGUCAGAAUUGAGCCAACUUUCUAGGUUGACAUAUCUCAACCUAUCCAAUUCAUCUUUUUCUGGCCAAAUUCCAUCACAAUUUUCAGAACUUUCCAAGUUAACAUCCCUUGAUCUGUCAUAUAAUUCUAUGUUACAUCUCGUAAGUCUAAAAGGUUUAGUUCAAAACUUAACCAGCCUGACAGAUUUACGUCUCAGUUACGUUCAAACAUCAUCUCCAAUGCCUGAAAUCUUUUCGAAUCUCUUGGGCUUGACAACACUCCAUUUGAUUGGUUGCAGAUUGCAUGGAGAUUUUCCUGUUGGAGUUUUUAAGCUACCGAAGCUAGAGGAUCUCAGGGUGAGUGAAAACCAAGAUCUCAUGGGCUAUUUGCCUGAAUUCUACUCUAGCAGCCCUCUUAGAAUUUUAUGGCUCCAGCGUACUAAUUUUUCUGGGGAACUACCAGCUUCAAUUGGAAACCUUGAGUCCUUGAAUAUACUCUCGAUUGGGAGUUGUAAUUUCUUUGGUCGCAUUCCACCUUCCCUUGGUAACCUUACUCAACUUAUUGCUUUGAAGCUUUCAUAUAACUCUUUUACAGGUCAAAUACCUUCCUCAUUAUCAAAUCUUGUUUCCUUGAAUUAUUUGGAUUUCUCAUACAGUCAGUUAACAGGACCAUUUCCAUCUGUCUUUGCUAAUCUUACACAACUCACAUUUCUAAAGCUUUCCCUUAGCCUUAUUAGAAGCUCAGGCCCUUCUUCCUUGUCUUGGCUAAGUAAGUUAAGCAAACUUACUUCUUUGUCCCUUCAAGCAAUCAAUUUAACAAUGGAGAUCCCAUCGUCCUUGUCAAAUCUGACCAAACUUAGUUUUUUGGACAUGGGCCUUAAUCAAUUAAAUGGUCAACUCCCUUCUUGGCUUUCCAAUCUAACUCAGUUGACUGUGUUUAGCCUUCCGUUCAAUAAAUUACAAGGCCCAAUUCCAAACUCAAUUUUUGAACUUGAGAAAGUUGAAGAGCUUAAUUUUUACUCAAACAAUUUGAGUGGCACACUCACUCUCGACAUGUUUCUUAAGAUCAAAAGUUUAACCAAAUUGGUUUUAUCACUUAACAAUAUAUCAUUCCUCACCAAAACCAAUACCAAUGUUACUCAUAAUAAGUUUGAGGUUUUAGCAUUGGGUUCAUGCAACUUGAGCCAUUUCCCAGAUUUCUUAAAAAACCAAGACCGAUUGCAAGGGCUAGACCUAUCCUAUAAUAAUAUUCAUGGCCAAGUACCCAAUUGGGUGUGGGACACAAGUAAAGAAACUUUGAUGUAUCUGAACUUGUCUCACAACUUUUUAAUAGGCUUUGGCCAGCAUCUAGUCAAUUUUCCAUGGCCUCAACUACAUAUUUUGGAUCUUAGCUUCAACAAGAUACAAGCACUACCCCCAAUUCCACUGCCAUCCAUCUUUGUUUAUUCCGUUGCAAACAACUUGCUUGAAGGAGAAAUUUCACCAUGGAUUUGUAACCUUAGUUCUCUUUAUUCCCUUGAUUUGUCAAAUAACAAGUUCAGAGGCAUACUUCCUCAUUGUUUGUGCAACGUCAGCAACACUUUGAGUAUAUUGAAUCUUCGGGGCAAUGGUUUUCAUGGGACGAUUCCUCAAUUAUGUGCAAAGGGAAGUAGAGUGAAGAUGAUUGACUUGAGCCAAAAUCAGUUCGAGGGGGUUCUACCAAGAUCAUUAUCAAAUUGUGAAAUGCUAGAGAUUCUAAAUCUUGGAAGCAAUCGGCUCAAUGAUGUUUUUCCCUCUUGGCUGGGUACUCUUCCAAAACUAAGGAUACUUAUUCUACGACAUAAUGGAUUCUAUGAUGUAGUGGGGAGUCCUACAACCAUGUUUGCAUUUCCAAAAUUGCACAUUCUUGAUCUCUCUGACAAUAAACUUACAGGUAAGUUGCCAUUUGAAUACUUCAGAAAUCGUAAGAGUAUGGAGAAAGUUGAUGCAAAUAGCUUCACAUAUAUGCAAGCAUCUACAAUUGUAUUGCUGGCGGGUUAUAAUGUGCCUGAAUAUUACCCUUACUCGAUGACAAUAAUAAACAAAGGUAAGGAGACAAUAUAUCCAAAGAUAUUGGAAGUCUUUGCAGCUAUUGAUCUUUCAAGCAACACAUUCAAUGGAAAGAUUCCAGAAUUUAUUGGGGAUCUAAAUGGGUUCCAAUUGCUUAACCUUUCCAACAAUAAUCUCAUUGGCCAUAUCCCAAUUUCUUUGGGAAACUUGACAACAUUGGAAUCACUUGACCUUUCUCAAAAUAAGCUUUUAGGACAGAUACCUUGGCAACUAACACAACUUACUUUCCUUGAAUCCUUCAAUGUCUCACAUAACCAACUUACAGGGCCUAUACCGCAUGGUAAACAGUUUGAUACAUUUGAUAAUAGUUCUUUCGACGAAAAUUCAGGAUUGUGUGGAAGUCCAUUGUCAAAGAAAUGUGAAGAUCUUGAGCCUUCACCUCUACCCACUGCAAGCAUUGAAGAAGGGCAAGACUCAUGGUUUCACAUUGAAUUUGACUGGAAAAUAAUCAUGAUGGGAUAUGGUAGUGGACUUGUAAUUGGAGUUGUUGUUGGAAACAUUGUGACUGAGAAGUUUGGAAGAACUAGGAAGAGGCAACACAAAAGGGGAAGGCAUCGACUUUAUUAG